AACAAAAGCAACAACAAAGCACAAAGACAAAAUACAAGAAAAAGCUUAUACUAAAAGUUGUUUUCCAAAACCAGAAGCACUUCCCUUCUCUCAAAAGCACAAACGCAAGCACUGUCUCCCCCAUCAAUGGAAGAAGAUGAAGACAUGACACCCUUUUGGCUUCAAGCCACCACCUCUUCCACCGUCGGCCGCAUCCGCCGCCGGUCCUCCUCUUUCCUCCUCAACUCCGGCGUCCUCCUCAUCAUCUUGUUAGUCAUUGCAGCUGCUUUCAUCUUCAUCAUCAUCCCCUCCUUCCUCUCCUUCACCUCCCAAAUCUUCAGGCCUCACUUGGUGAAGAAGAGCUGGGACACUCUCAACCUCGUCCUCGUGCUUUUCGCCAUCGUUUGUGGCUUCCUCAGCCAAAACAAUACCAGUAAUGAGACUCCCAGAAGCGCUUCUUCCCCAACUGCCUCCCCUUCUUUUGUUCAAAAACCGAGCUUUGAGAGCCUCACCCCACGUAGAGGAUGGUUCAGUAAUAAUAAUAGCACUAAUGGCGGUUUGAAUAGGCUGAGGAGCUUCAGUUCUUACCCGGAUCUCAGAGCCGAAGAAGCUUCAUGGAUGACAAGUGAAAGUGAUCAUCCACCAUGGCGGUUUUAUGAUGAUACCCGUUUGUAUAAUUACCGUUAUUCGAGCUUGAAGGAUCAGCCUUUUAAUCAGUUUAAGCCUGAAGAAAAGCUUCGGGAUCAAAGGGAAGGAGUUGUUGAAGAGGUUGUUAAGAGAGUUGAUGAUGAUAUUUCUGGUACUACCACUACUGUCGUUGAAGCAGAAAAGAAAGUUGUGUAUACGCCGCCGCCUGCUCCGCCGUUGUCACAGUCACCUCCUGCUCCGCCGUUGCCUAAAGUGGUGAGGAGAGCAACAGCUUAUCAAAAGGUUGCAAAGAGAAGUACUGGUGAAAGUACAGGAAAGGUUGAUGAAGAUUUGGGGAGGGUCAAUAGGUUUACUUCUUCACCGCCACCACCUCCACGGCCAUCGUCUCCGCCUCCGCAGAUGGAUGACAGAGAGAGCAGGAAUGAGAAAAAGAGAGGGGCAACAAGUGCGACAAAAGAUUUCUUGACUUCACUGAGAAGAAACAAGAAGAAGAAACAGAGGCAAAAGAGUGUCGAGAAUCUUGAUAUUUUCUUCAACUAUGAAUCAUCUUACCCCUUUCCGCCACCACCACCGUCACAACCACCUCCUCCUCCGCCGCCUCCACCGCCGCCAAAUUUCAUCCAAAAUCUUUUCUCUCAAAAGAAAAGAAAAACCAAGAAAAUCCACUCUGCCCCCCCUCCACCACCACCACCACCACCACCACCACCACAAAAAACACAACUUUACUCAUCUUCAGCUUCAAAACCAAAACUUAUAUCCCAAAAUGUGACAACAAAUUUACCUUCAACAACCCACAAGCCUCCAUUGCCAGUGAAGAUAAAAAGUCACAACAAUGUGGAGGAGACUGUGAGCAGUGGCAACGAGUCACCAUUAAUGGGGUCAAUUCCUACACCACCACCGUUGCCACCCUUCAACAUGCCAGUGUGGAAGUUUGAGGUGGUGGAAAGAGACUUUGUCAGACUAAAGAGCCACAAUGACAGUGAUUUUGAUGAGGCCAAUGCUGAGGAGUCCUCUAGUCCAUCAGAAGCUGCAGAUUUAGCCACCUCAUCACCAUUGUUCUGCCCAAGCCCUGAUGUUAACACUAAAGCAGAUAAAUUCAUUGCUAGAUUCAGAGCUGGUUUGGAGCUUGAGAGGAUUAAUUCUGCCAAGGAGAGAGGCAAGUCAAAUCUCAGCCCAAGCUAGAGCUGAAUUUUGUUGUUCAUUUAUUUAUUUAUUUUCCAAAGUUUAAAUUAUACAUAGAAUCAUUACAGAUAGGAAGUUUGUUCAGUCUAAGUAUCUUUUUAUUCAUUCUUUCACAUUUUAAGAUCAGAGAUUGAUGGAUAUUAUGUUGUAUGUAAUUCCAUGUUGUGGUUUAUUGGUUUUUGUUAUAUGAGAGAGCUUUUAUAC